GACUCGCCUACCGCGCGGUGCGGCGGCGACUGAGGCCCAGGUUUUCCUCCUCCUGCCGUGGGGCCGGAGCCCCGGACGGUGUCCCGCUGCGCUCAAGUCUGGCCAUUGCCACCUGUCUCCGCAAUGCCCCCCAAGAAACAGGCUCAGUCCGGGGGCAGCAAAAAGGCGGAGCAGAAAAAGAAGGAGAAGAUCAUCGAAGACAAAACUUUUGGUCUUAAGAAUAAGAAAGGAGCAAAGCAGCAGAAGUUUAUCAAAGCGGUCACACAUCAAGUAAAAUUUGGUCAGCAAAAUCCACGCCAGGUAGCACAAAGUGAAGCUGAGAAGAAAUUGAAGAAAGAUGACAAGAAGAAGGAGUUACAGGAGCUAAAUGAAUUGUUCAGACCUGUAGUUGCUGCUCAGAAAAUAAGUAAAGGUGCAGAUCCCAAAUCCGUAGUAUGUGCGUUUUUUAAACAAGGACAGUGUACUAAAGGAGAUAAGUGUAAAUUUUCUCAUGACUUGACUUUGGAGAGAAAAUGUGAAAAACGAAGUGUUUACAUUGAUGCUAGAGAUGAAGAACUUGAAAAAGAUACCAUGGAUAAUUGGGAUGAGAAAAAACUGCAAGAAGUAGUGAACAAGAAGCACGGUGAGGCGGAAAAGAAAAAACCAAAAACUCAAAUAGUGUGUAAGCAUUUCCUUGAAGCUAUUGAAAACAACAAGUAUGGCUGGUUUUGGGUAUGCCCUGGAGGAGGUGAUAUGUGCAUGUAUCGGCAUGCCCUACCUCCUGGAUUUGUGUUGAAAAAAGAUAAAAAGAAAGAAGAGAAAGAAGAUGCAAUUUCAUUAGAAGAUCUCAUUGAGAAAGAGCGUUCUGCCUUAGGUUCCAAUGUUACCAAAAUCACUCUAGAAUCUUUUCUUGCAUGGAAAAAAAGGAAAAGACAAGAACAGAUUGAUAAACUUGAACAAGAUAUUGAAAGAAGGAAAGCAGACUUCAAAGCAGGGAAAGCACUAGUGAUCAGUGGUCGUGAGGUGUUUGAAUUUCGUCCAGAACUGGUUAAUGAUGAUGAUGAGGAAGCAGAUGAUACACGUUACACGCAGGGAGCAAGUGGUGAUGAGGUUGAUGAUUCUGUGAGUGUAAAUGACAUUGAUGUAAGCCUGUACAUUCCAAGAGAUGUAGAUGAGACCGGUAUUACUGUUGCCAGUCUUGAAAGAUUCAGCACAUACACAUCAGAAAAAGACGAAAACAAAUUGAGUGAAGCUUCUGGAGGUCAGGCUGAAAAUGGGGAAAGAAGUGAUUUGGAAGAGGACAACGAAAGGGCAGUACGGGGAAAUGGAGCCAUUGAUGCUGUUCCUGUUGAUGAAAAUCUGUUCACUGGGGAAGAUUUGGAUGAGCUAGAAGAAGAAUUAAACACACUUGAUUUAGAAGAAUGACACUAAGCAACUUAAUGAACAAAUUAAGUAAGCUCAGUAUGAGUUGAAAGUGACUACAUAAAUUUUGUUCCACCUAGAAUUCUUCAACAGGAUAUGUUUAUUUACCUUGCUGAUUCUGGAGAGCUUACUCUCCAAAGAAAGGAAUGUUCUCCCUACUUCUUCUCUUCCAAUUUUGACUACAUCUCAUAGUAAGUUCAGAGUAGUUCAUGAUAAAUUGAAAUGUGGUCAUUUCAGAAAAUGAUUGUUGUAACUGUCCACUCAAGAAGUAUAACUGCUUUUCCAGCUUUUGAUUUUCAUUGGGCAUGCAUUAUUACCAGGAACAACAUAAACCCAAAUAUAAAAGAUUUCAUUUAAUGCAGUUUUUAAUGAGUGAUUUUAUUUCCUUUGUAUUUAUGUAUUAUAAAGAUUGCCUAAAUAUGAACACUGUACUUCACAGAAGAAAUAACAUAUGCAAAUUCAGUGUUGUAUAUCUUUGGACAAUUAGAUGGCUAUUUGAGAGGGAGCCUUUUUGAUCUUACAGGAUCAGCCAUGAUACCCUGUGUUAAAUUGUUCUCAACUUCUCUCUCUUCCUUUUUGCCAAUAAAGUUGUAAAUAAAAAACAUCACACAUUAAAAU